AAGAACAAACAAGUAACGAUUUCGAAGAAAACAGUUUGCUUCCUGGUCGCUAUUUAGAAAGUGCAGGUCUACACCAAUACCAAAGCAAGGUGUAAAGAUUGCUGGAGAGUGUAGAAUUGGCCAACGUACAAAAAUCGUGGAGAAUUGUUUGACUUUACAACACGCACUCAAUUUAAAAGCGAAACUUGGAAAUAAUUAGCGUUUGAAUUGGUUGUGGAGUUUUAAUUUAGGUCAUAUUUGUGUCUAUGGUUAUAAAAAAAAAAUUAUAGAUGUUACCAAAAGCAUCUACACAGUGCGUGUAAAUACAAUCGUUGACAAAGGAAAAAAUUUCCACAGGCUUCUCUCAACUCAAUACUCGCUGAAUUUGUAUUCGUCGGAAUAAAUUUUCUCGUUAAUCGCAAAGCACAUCUGAAAACUGCGUUCUUUUUCCUUCGAAGAUUUAUUUGCAACGUUUUUGUGUAAAAUUAGUAAUCGGGUUUGGUAUAAGAGUUGACUGAUAAUAAAAAACUUUAAGAUUAAAAGUAAGAAAGCAUUUUAAAAGAUCUAAGAAAAGUAAUGGAAAUUGCUUUGAAUCCGGUCGUUGCGUCGUCGACGCAUAUCAUAACAUUAGUUGGAGCGGAAGGACAACCAGCAUUGUUGGAAAAGCAAAUCGACAAUUCUGCCUGCAAUAAAACCUUUCAUAUCGCUGAUAACGGAGUCGUAGGCAUCGGCCACAGUAUUUUAAAUUUGUUUGGUUCACCGACGGAGAGCUGUAGAAAGGAAGAAGCGUCGCUAUCCCUUAAGAACGCACUAAAUGUAAAUAAUGACAAUGCUAAUGGAAGUGGCUUUCAGAAGUUAAUUGAGCAGCAGACUAACAAAACGAAAAUACUCCAGUGCAAUAGCAGUGAUUUAGCGCUGCAACAAAAGAAAAAGAAAGAUGCAGCAAAAACUUCAGAUGACUUGUUGGCUGCUUUAAACGGAACAAAAAAUACUUCAACAAAUAAAUUAAAUAAAAUCAAACGGACCACCAGUUCAAAUGCAUCAACAUCAUUAUCUUCAUCUUCAUCACCACCUUCAAUGUCAGCACCUAUAGUAGCAAUAGCUACACUAACUACAACGAACUGUUCAAGCGCGUCAUUGACAACAGGAGCAUUAGUUAUGAGCACAAACACCGUGACUAGUACAGUAAAUGGGAUCAAAAAUGGUUUACAAAUUCCGUCCGACAUACUUGAUGACUUGGCAAGCCGUUUUAUUAUUAAUGUUCCUGAUAUGGAAUUGAGUAAUUUGAUAAGGAUUUGCUUUCAAAUUGAGUUAGCACAUUGGUUUUACUUGGAUUUCUUCUGUGCCUCAGCAUCAGAACAGCAACAUGUCGACGAUUCGGGCAAGAAAAAGAAACUGCCAUCUUGCGGUAUAAAACAAUUUGCGAUACAGUUGUUUCAGCAUAUUCCAUUUUUACGCGAGCACUUAUCAUCAAUCGAUAAAAUUUUAGACGAUUGGAAGAAUUACAAGCUAUCAGUUCCCACAUUCGGGGCAAUUUUAAUAUCUGAGGAUCUCAAUUUUUGCCUACUAGUGCAAUCGUAUUUCGCUAAAAGUUCAUGGGGCUUUCCGAAGGGUAAAGUCAAUGAGAAUGAAGAUCCAGUGCACUGCGCCACAAGAGAGGUUUUUGAGGAGACUGGUUACGAUAUAACUAAAUUAAUAGUACCAAAUGACUACAUUGAGGCUGUUAUUAAUUAUCAAUAUACACGUUUGUACAUAGUGCGCGACGUAUCAUUAAAUACACAAUUCUCUCCGCGGACUCGCAAUGAGAUUAAGUGCUGUGAUUGGUUUCCGAUCGACUCGUUGCCAGUCAAUAAAAACGAUGCCAUAUCAAAAGCCAAAUUAGGCAUAAACGCCAAUUCAUUUUUUAUGAUAAUGCCAUUUGUUAAACGGCUUAAAAAGUGGGUACAUGAUAAACGUUCUGGAGUAGAGACACGACGUAAAUAUUCUGGUGAAGGCGGAGGCAACUCGUCUGAUUCGACGAAUUCCCCAACGACGCUGAUGACAACAGCAGCUUUGGCCACUGCAGUUGCUGCAGCUGGUGGUAAUAAUAACUGCAUUAAUCAAAAUCACACAAUAACUAAUAGUUGUAGCAAGAAGAAUAAACACCAAUCAAACAAUAGUAAUGAUGAUAAGCAUAACGCCUUAAAAAGUAGUGGUGGAAAUACUACUAAUACUGGCAAUAGCAAUGGUGUAUCUACGGCGGCAUCAAGCAACAACAGUAAUCGUUCGAAGAGACAACGCCAUAAAUCGAUGGGGGAUUUGGACGGUAUUAAACUAAAUAAUUUAAGUUCAAAUAAUUGUAAUUCAAAUAAUAUUUGUAAAAACUCGGCUAACAUAAUGACACCUGCUGCAGACAGUGGUGAGACAACAAAGGAAUCAAAUGUAAAUUAUGGUGGAGAAUCUGGUAAUUGUAAAACAGUAUCCAGUCAUAAACGCAAUGGAAGUUCCGUAAAACUUGUUGCUGCCGGCAGUAGCAAUAAUGUACAAAAUAGCAACCACAAUAGCAUUGUUGGCUGCACGACAUCCAAACGACAGUUGUUUCACAGUCAAAGUCAAAAUGGCAGUAACCAAAAUGGAGAAAAGAUUGUUAGCUCCUUCGAUUUGAUUCGUAAAGAGAAACAACAGCAAUUGAAAGCAGCAGCUCAAGCUGAAAAAGUGGCAAAGGCACAAAGGCAACAGCAACAAGUGCAAUCGAAUGCCGGCAAUUAUAACGGACGGGUACGCGCCAAAUCGCAGGGAGAUAAAAUGUGCGUACAACAAAAUAUCAAUAGAAACCACAACACCAAUACCAAUAAUAAUGGUGGCAACAACAAACAUCGUGUACAAAAACAAAUAUCAAUGAUUAUUAUAAACUCAAAUGCUACAACCAAUAGCAGUAUUCAUAACAAUAAUACGAUCAACAACAACAAUAACACUGCCGUCUUUAGUGCUAGAGCUGCAUCGAAUCCUUCACCAUCGUCAUGCUCAGGCGCCGAAUUACUCGCAUUUGCCGCCGAAGCCGCAGCAGCCUCAAACUUGUCAUCAGCAACGAAUUCGGCUCAGAAGCAACGUCCAGCUUCGGUAUCUUUGCAUUUGGCCACGCCACCUACACCAGCAACUGGUCAGGCCAUCCAGCAGUUGCAGCGCAUGGCUUCUGGCACGAACCUACGAAUUCUGAAACGUAGUACUUCGUACCAGCAACAGUCGCAGCAACUCCAGUCAAAAUCCAACUCAAUGCAACGAUUGCAACAACAGGCAUUAUUCGAGCAGUCACAGCGACUUGAAAAUGAUCUACAACUACGUCAAGCACCACAAAAAUUCACACCCAGUUUCAAUUCGUGGACGAAUUUCUCAUUUACAAAAAAUUUUAUUGCAAAUGUUUUUUGUUAGAAGAAGAAUGUCAAUCAAUGAAGAAGUGCCAGAUUGGUUGAGAUAUAGGAGAUAGUGGAGUGAGCGCAUAAUUAUUGUAUGCGUGAUUUAACAGUUCAAAGCUCGAAGGAAGUACGGGAUUAAGAAAAAGCAUAACAAGAUAUAAUACAAUUGAGAUACAAAAAAUUUAAGUUUUACGUCAAAUAAAUACAUAACGUUUUGAAAUAUUGAAACGCAAGUUUAGUAAAUUUUAGAAAUAUGCGAAACGGGAGACGGUAACAUGUACAUGUGGGUUAUUUGGGGAAUUCCAAAUUUGAACUGAAAUAAAUAGUAUUCAGUGUUGGUAUAUUUGUAACGCAAUAGAGGAAUUUAAUAUGUCAAAGGAGAACUUUAUGUGCAACUUUUUAUGUGUUUUUCUCCAAUACUUCCUUCGUCGCUUUCACUGAUUCUUUCUAAGUGUACCUACUACAAAAACUAAACUACUUUAUUUAUUUCUAUUGAUUUUAUCUUCUCAUUUGAAUAAUUUUUUUCUUUACUUUUGUAAAAUGAAAGCAUAUCGACGAAAUUCAUUUUUGAUUUCUAAUUUUAGUUUUAUCUAAUAAAUAAAAAUAUUAUCAGCUUUUGUUGGAAACCUGCAAUUUUUCCUAUACUUAAUUAAACUUUGAAAAGUAUAUUAUGGUCAAAUUAGUUUCUAAAAAAUAAAAUUUUAGAAUAAUUAUAAACCAUUUAACAAAAAUGCCACCUACAAAUAGUGAGAAACCACUAGACGAAAAUAUAGGUAGGCUAAAGCGUAAAAGUAGCCAUAAACUGAUGGUCAAAAUAAACAACCUAACCAUCAUUUCAUUCCAUCAUCACGCUCUACCAACGCCUUGUGAUAGUACAAUAAAUCUUACUUUUAAGUUUAAUUGAUAAAUCAUGUAAUGUACUGAAAUGUAAAAAAGUGCAAACAAACUUGUGUGCAGAAAUGUAAUGCCUAUUUUUUGUCGCUCGUUAAAAUGCUACUAUAAGUUUCAUUCAUAUGAUAUGAUAAUUACGAUUGACUUCAGUACAAAUUUUCUUGCUAUUUUCAUGUGGCAUUUGAGCGCAAAAAAUGUACAAUGUACCUCGAGUUAUUGCAUUUUUACUAUUACUCAGAAUAAUGUUCAAAUUUCUAUGCAAGUGAAAAUUUACUAUUGCAAAAUAUUUUUGUUUAAUUGUAAUAAUUCAACUUAUCCAGUUAUGAGUUCCUUCUUAGGUAUUUUUUUCGGCUGAGUUUGAAGUGCAAAAUUAACUACUAUAUACCAUAUAAAGUCAUAUACAUAAAGGCAAAGUUAAAGCGCCUUAGCAUGAUCAUAAUUCGAAGACUUAUAAGUUAUAAUAUCUUUACCAGAAGGUCCAUUGGCUUUAAGAAGAAUAAAAUCUUUUCACGCUUGAUUAUACAUACAAACAUAUUUGAUUAUUUCGAUUUUAUUUGAUAUGUUUUUUUUCUAAGUUGAUUCAGUGCGAAUAAUUUUGAAGUGCAGUUUGCUCGCACAAGUGAAGUUUAAUCGCGGAAGAUGGAAGUAGGUAUCAAUUGCAUUUGCACUUUUUUUAUUUUACUGCCUCGUUUUAUUUAAAUUUUCAAUUGAAUUGUAUGGCAAUUAUCCAAAUCGUACAUGCCAUACGUACAUGCGAAUACAUAAAAUACUUUUGAUUUGUAAAUUUUGAGCAAUUUCCUCUAAACAAACAUGCACAUUUAUGAAGUAUCUAUAGAUCAUUAUUUGUUCCCUAUUUGUUAAUAAAACAAACAAAAAUUUUAAAAAGUUCAUAUUUUUUUAUAGAAAUUUAAAAAGUGCAAACGCAAUUGAUACAAACACUGCCAAAUACUAAGUGUCAGUUUUUGAAUUUUAGCAAGCAUGUAAAAUCGUUUGUUAGUAUCCUGCUAUAAAAUGAUUUCAACUUCCAUGUUUCUCAAUUGGUAUCGAAUAUUUGGCAGUGCAAAACAAAAACAAAACAAAAAAACAAAAAAAAAUAUCGCUCACAAUGCUCAAAAAUAAAAAUUAAACAAUAAACCAGAUCAAUGUUGGAUCAGCAAAAAAUUAUAACAAUACAAUCAAGGUGAAUUCAUAUAAGUUGUGGUGCUGACUACCCACGAGGCAACCGUUGCGGCAGCCACCAUAAAAUAUCAAAAUAUGUUGAUGUUCAAGCGACGGUUGCGGCAACACGAUUUCUAUGUCAGACUGGACUACACACGAAGCAACAUCACAUGGUUUCUUCAAUGAUUGAAAAGCGAAUGAAUUUCUGGCAAUAUUUCUCCUUACUAAAAUGCAACCUUGAGCCGCUUUGCUGGCUGUUUUUUAUUUCUUUAUUUUCAAUUUGAAGAUUAAUUUGUUAUUUACAACUAAACAAUUAAAUUCAAAAAAUAAUUUAAAGCAUUUCUUCUUUAUCUAUUCAAAAUUAUCCUUUAAUAUUUGUCACAAAUUCGCGAGAGUGCCACACGGCAACACUCGAUCAGUUUGACAGCACUUGUAGCAGAAAAAAAAUUGCUAGUGCAGCACGAGCUAGUUGAAAUAUAGGGUUCAUUCCACAACGUACAAAUACAAUGCAUGAGUCUAUUUUAGUCUCAGUGUAUUGUAAUGCCAAAUGUUCGCAACCACGGUUAAAUUCUAGUUUUCAACUAGGUUGCACAAGUUAGACUUUUUCUUUGAGUGCGGUUUAGAAAUAAAAGAGCCUGAUGCUUUCUAUUUUGACGUUUAGAAUACACCCAUAUUUUCGAAAUUGAUUUGCGCUGUUUCAGCUGCAGUCGUACCUUGUAUAUUUUCUUUCAGAACGUGAUUCCCGAAAAGUGGCAGAAGUUGUUCCUACUGUUCGCACGAGGAAAUUAAAUUUCUCUUUCUCAAUUUGAUAGCGAUUUGUAUGAAAAAGUUGGAAAUAUCGUCAUGUUUGACACGCUUUUUAUAAAGAAAAAAUAAAUAAAACGUAAACAAACAACUCAUUUUGACAAUCCUCGCACACAAAACAAUCAAAUCAGCUGUUCUAAUGGCACCACCUUAUAUGAAUUCGCGUUGAAUACGAUAGUGGAAGAGCGACUCG